GGACCAGGUUUGUCUAGAGAGCAGUUUCAGGGGGUGUAUCAGCAAAGAGAGGAGGGAGGGGAAGAAAGGAGGGAGAAAGGAAGAGGUGAGUACACGAAGCAAACCCCAACGCCGGGCUGUCUUGCUGUUGCGGCUCGAGGUUUUGAGGGCUCCCGUCGAGAGAAGGCAAAGCUGCCCAGGAUCACCUGGUCCCCACCUCUCGAGCUAUGCAUCGUGGCCAGAGAAAGCAGGUACGAUGGAGAACUACUUUAUUACAACAGUGUGUUUUGCUGCUGACCUAUGUUGUAAUUAUUCUGGAAGCAGUACCUAUAGAUGUAGACAAAACAAAAGUACAGGAAGAAGAAAAAGGAGACAGUGCAAAAGUAGAUAAUUCGGAUACUGGAUUAUAUUAUGAUGCCUACCUCAGGCAAGUGAUAGAUGUUUUGGAGACAGACAAACAUUUCAGAGAGAAGCUCCAAACAGCAGACAUAGAGGAAAUAAAGAGUGGAAAGUUUAGCAAAGAGCUAGACUUAGUUAGCCAUCAUGUGAGAACAAAGCUGGAUGAACUGAAAAGACAAGAAGUUGGAAGAUUAAGGAUGUUAAUCAAAGCCAAGAUUGAUGCCUAUCAAGAUACUGGCAUAGACCAUCAAGCUCUUCUCAAACAGUUUGAGCAUCUGAACCAUCAGAACCCUCACACUUUUGAAGUUAAAGAUUUAGACAUGCUAAUCAAAGCUGCUACAAAUGACUUAGAAAACUAUGACAAAGCCCGUCACGAGGAGUUUAAGAAAUAUGAGAUGAUGAAAGAACACGAGAGGAGAGAAUAUUUAAAAACACUGGAUGAAGAAAAGAGACACCAAGAGGAAGCUAAAUAUGAGGAAAUGAAAAAAAAGCACAGCAAUCACCCCAAAGUUAAUCAUCCUGGAAGUAAAGACCAAUUGAAAGAAGUAUGGGAGGAAUCAGAUGGCUUAGACCCUAAUGAUUUUGAUCCAAAGACUUUUUUCAAGUUGCACGAUGUCAAUGCUGACGGUUUUCUGGAUGAACAGGAAUUAGAAGCCCUAUUUACUAAGGAGCUAGAGAAAGUCUAUGAUCCCAAAAAUGAAGAGGAUGACAUGGUAGAAAUGGAAGAGGAGAGACUACGAAUGAGGGAGCAUGUCAUGAAUGAGGUUGACAUCAACAAAGACCGGUUAGUCACCUUGGAAGAGUUCGUUAGAGCUACAGAGAAAAGAGAGUUUUUGGAGCCAGAAAGCUGGGAGACUCUGGACCAGCAGCAGAUGUUCAGUGAAGAUGAUCUGAAGGAAUUUGAAAGUCACAUUUCUCAGCAAGAAGGUGAAUUGCAAAAGCAAGCAUUAGAACUUCAGAGAAAGAAGGAAGAGCUACAGCAGCAACAAGACUUCCUCCAGGCUCAGAAACAAGAACUUGAAACGGCUGUUAAACAAAUGGAAAAGAAAAAGUUACAGCAAGGACAUCCUCCUUCAGGUCCAGGCGGAGAACUGAAAUUUCAACCAUCUCUGUCAGAACCAGAUGGAAAUGUGCAAAAUCAUCCAGUAGGAGGCAGUCAGCCUUUACCACCAGGAAAUAUACCAGUGCAAGAUGCAGCUGCUAGAUCUGAUCACAUCCAGUCUCAUCCUUAACCACUUGUGCCUCAGUUUAUACCACAUUGUGUGUGUGUGUGUGUGUGUGUGUGUAAUAAUCAGAGACUAAAAAGAAAUGUGAAAAAAGAGAAUUUUAAGCUCCAUUUCAGAUGUGGGAUUCAUACAGGCUUAAAAUCCAAAUUCAGUGUGAAGGCUUCCAAAGGCACAAAUGAUAUAAUACAGGACCUUAAAGUUGUGGAUAUUCUAGUUUUGUCAGUACACCUAAGUAGACAACAGGAUAUCUUAACUUUUUUCCCUGCAAAAACUUUUUUUUUGUCUCAGGUAUAAUUUGGCUGCCUAUCAUUUGUGCUUUUGAAAAUCUCCUGUUUCACCUUUAAAUCAUUAUCCUAUAGAGAUAUUGUCAAGAAGAAAGUUAACAUGAGCAAACCUCUUAAAUUUCUCAAGGUUCAUUAUGUUGACAUUCUCCAUUGGCAAUGGGUUUAAAGUUGGAGAAGUUCAGAACUGGUCUAAGCAAGAGGCAACACCCCCCACCCCUGUUUUAGUUCAUGACAGUAUGUUCCUAAAAGUGCCAACAAUUUAGAGCUGUAAUUGUAUGGCUGUGGACUGAGUGAGUUGUAACAAUUCCUUUGGUUUUCAAGAUCCAUUGAAAAGAAACAUCUGUGAUCUGAUUUCAAAACAUUCUACUUUGUAAAAGAAGUGUAAUUGCAGCAGGGAGCAAUGGAGAACAGGGAAUGUAUCUUCUGUUUAUAAAUGUCUGUGAACAAUAAUGUAAGAAUUCUUCACACUGAAAUACUGUGCUUGAAGUGCAUUGAUUUAGCCAUCUUUAUUGUUGCUAACUAAAUGCAGUUCAUCCCUGCAUGUUGACUGCAAAGAGGAUACUUUUCUCCUCCCCCCCUUUUAUAACAUGCCAGUUGCAUUUAUCUCUCUAUGAACUAUGAAAGGAAGCUCUUUAGAUGGCAAAAAAUAUUUUUAGGAUUAACAAAGACCUUUUAUUGUCUGUUCUUUCUUCAUAAAAGGUUCGUUUCAAAAUCAUCAGCAUGUUUCAAACAACGUUUGUCAGAAACUGCAUUUUGAAUGUUAAGUUGAAACACUUAAUCACAUUACAUUAUUAGACAGACUACGAUGGUAAAAGGCAUGCAUAUAAACAUUCUCUAUCUUUUUAACACAAAUAGAAAUUUCCUGUUCCUUACAGAUGAAAUCCAAUUUACUCUUUCAACAUUACUCUUAAAUGCAUUUUUUCUUCUCAUGUUACACUGACUUUGAUUUUGAUUCAAGUACCGUUGAAGUAAAUGGAAAGGUUUGCAGGUCUAAAUUCUCUUCAAUUUAGAAUAAGACUUAAAAUCCAGAUUCCUUUCUGAGGGUAACAUUUCUGAUAUUAUACUUCGUGACUGAAGAAAAGGGAUGAUUAAAAAAUAAGAACACAAAGUUAUCUUGUUACUGAAGAAUCGUAAUUAUUUUUAUUUCUGGGAUAUGGGACAUAAUCUAUAAUAUAAUUACUUACAUAGGGUUUCAAGAAAUCAGUUUUUAUAUAUAACAAAAUGAAAAACAGCUUCUCUUACCAGAAAAAUUAAGGAAAAAGAGUCCCUUGCUAAUACCGAUUUUGACUUUCAAAUGGAUUAGAUUUUUUUAAAACAAUUUUAAGUAUUAAAAAUAACUGUCCUUUCUUAAGUGAUCCUUUCAUGCUAUACAAUACACAGAAUUAGGUUUUCCCAUUUUGGAUCUUACUUGCAUAUGGCUCCUAGUAGAUGCUUCAAAGUUCCUGUGCAAGUUUUCUCCUCCUCUUUGAUGAGCAGGAGAGUUUGGCCCCUUCCCUGUUCAGCCAUUUCCUUUAAUCUCACUCACCCAAAGGCUGUAAUUGAACAAAUGCCAAAAGCAGAACCUUUUAAGUUCUCACAACUUGCUUCCUAUAGAUAGAAAGAUAAUAUUGGAAGUUUUUUAUGCAGCCAGCCUGCCAUCAGGCUUGUGAAUGGAGUUGGUUUCCUUGUUUUAUUUACCCCAACUGGAUACUUCCCUGUUUGCUUUCUGUAGUUCUAGGAUAUAUUGCAUGGCAUAUGGCAACCAAAUGGAAGGAACCACUGGCAACUCAAUGUUGGACGAAUUCUUAUUUGGAUUAUGCAGUUGUGGCCCAAAAGGAUAUUCAUGGCUUAAUUCUUACUUAUUCCUCAUACAGUAGACCCAACUAGGCAAUCAACAGAAACUUCCACAGGCAGGUUCUCUGCUUUCUAGAGACAACAGCUUGGACACAAAUUGUGGCCCUUGCUUGUGGCUCACCAGUACGAUGAUAAAAGGUCUAUCUUGUGUUUGUAAUUGUGCAAAUUUUUAUAGCUCUAUUAGCACUCUGUCCUUUAAUUUUGUAUAGUAUUCAUCCCUUUGUUUUAGGUUAUAAAUACAAUCAAAUGACAAAGAAAUGGAUAGUAUACAAUCCAAUCCCAGUUAUUGUCUUUCUCAGUUUGUUUCAAAAAUGUUCAGAUUACAAAUGUCUUACUUUAAAUGUCCUAUUCUGUACCAAGUAAAGUUUGCAAAGAGAGAUGGAGUAUGAUCAUCGAGAGGCCACUGAAACUUUUCACAGAGCUAGGGAAGCUGACAAGUGGAAAUGGGGUGAUGUUCACCCCAACUGUUAAAUCAGUUGGAAUCUUUGAAGUACUACAAUGUCUUGUAUAGCUUGGGGGGCUGGUUAUAAGGGAAAGUAACUUUCACAGAACAAUUUCAAAUUGCAUACUUUCCACCUGUACCUCAAUUAUUGUUAACUGAAUCUGAUAGCGAUUGGAUUUGGAGCUGUGAAGAGGAGAACACCAUGAAGUAGCUACUUCUGCAGGGAGAAGAGUAAGAAUCAGCUGUUGCCAAAUUAUCUCCUCCCCUCUCCCAAGAUCACCCACCCAAUCAACUGAGCAAAGGAGGAAUUGUGAAAAUCACCAUCCCACUUCCUUUCCAUCAGGAGGGAGCCCCUCACAUUUCAUUUCUAAAUGCAUUGCAAGAUAAGUUAUAUUCAUUUGUUUUUAAUGCAAUUUACAUUCAAGUGAUACAUUUCUGGUGGUGGCCAACUUAUCAUGGAAGUGGUUGGCUUAUGAUGCUAAGUGGUUGGCUUUUGAAGUUCUCCCUGCAGCGCUUCAUCUUGAAACUUACCAGGACAAAAAUACCUUGGAUGUAAAGAAUGGCAAGUUGUACAUAUCCAUAUGCUCUCAAGUGCAAUAUUUGUAAGAAGAAUGUUGUUCCACUUGUGCUUUGUAUAAUUUUUAAUCAGAUUAAAUUGAAUUCAAACUCAA